AAGAUGAAGAAAAAGCAUAUAUAUAUAUUAGCGUUAUUAUUCAAAAUGACAACAUCUUACCCUAUGAAUGCUGGUGAUGGUCCUUAUAGCUACUUUAAAAACUCCCAUUUGCAGAGAGAAGUGUUAGAUAAUUCAAAGGAAAUGGGAAUGCUUGAUGAAUCUUUAGUUGACUCGUUCAAUUUGCCAAUGUAUUUUCUUUCUCCUGAAGACAUGACUAAAGUGGUGGAGAAAAAUGGUUGUUUUAGUAUUGAGAUAAUGGAGUUGACAUAUCCCAAAUCAAAGCUUGUGGAUGAGGCUGAUGCAAAGACUUUAAUGAUAAAUCUAAGGGCUGUUUUAGAAGGAGUAAUAAUAAAUCAUUUUGCCUACCCAAACCAACAUUCGUCUAUCCAUUUCAACAUAUCAUAAUUUUAUCACAUUCCAACAAUAUUCAUGCUCAUUACGAAUUAAACAAAACAACAAUAAACCAAAGUUAAUCUAAAUUCAACUUUUUUUUAUCAAUUUCUCAAUUUCAU